UAGAAAUAUGGCGGCCUCCAUCAUGUCCAUAGCGCGGGAAAAUAACUGACUUUGGAAUUGUUGCCACUGCCAAUCUGACUGAAGACGACAUAUUUAUUUUCAGCAAUGAAUAUUUUAACUUGGAAUAUAAAUGGAAUCCGAGCAUCAAAAGUCGCCAUCAAAGAGCUGCUGGAUUCAUUGGAUUCGGACAUUAUCUGCUUGCAGGAAACUAAAGUCACAAGGGACCUCUUGGAUGAUGCUAUUGUCAACGUCGAUGGUUACAGUUCAUACUUCAGCUUUUCAAGAAAACGAACAGGAUAUUCAGGUGUAGCCACCUAUUGUCGGAACUCAGUCACCCCUUCAAGGGCAGAGGAGGGUCUUACAGGGAGGCUUGCCAAGGGAAGUGAUGAUAUUGGUUGCUAUGGCAACCAGACAUCCUUCACAAAUGAAGAACUCCAGUCGCUGGAUAGUGAAGGACGAGCAAUUGUGACACAGCACACAAUCAAGGAUACAGAAGGAGGUCUGCAUGAACUGGUUGUCAUCAAUGUGUACUGCCCACGAGCUGAUCCCGACAAUCAGGAGCGCAUGGCCUACAAGUUACAUUUCUACAACCUGCUACAGCUGAGGGCAGAAGCCUUGGUGAAGGCCGGCAGGCACGUUGUUGUGGUCGGUGACAUCAACGCCUCGCACCGGCGAAUUGACAACUGUGAUCCAGGCCCAGAUUUUGAAGAACAUCCUGGUCGGCAGUGGCUCAAUUCUUUCCUUCAUGACAACACGCCAGGAAAGCUAUCCAGUGAGACUGAGACAUCCCUGACUUUGACAAAUGACAGUGAAAGCAGCUCUAACAAGCAACAGCACAAGCCAAGCGACUCAUCCCCUCGCAUCUUUGUGGACACCUUCAGGCGUUUCCACCCCACAAGACAGAAAGCCUUCACCUGCUGGUCCACCAGGACUGGCGCCCGUCAAACAAACUACGGCACGCGAAUUGAUUACAUCUUUACCAACGUGGGCCUGUUUCAGAGGAUGGUCACCUCAUGUGAUAUCAUGCCUGAGGUUGAGGGUUCAGACCACUGUCCAGUCAAGGCCAGUAUGUCUUGUGAGCCGGUCCCUUCUACAAAGCUCCCAGAGCUGUGCUCCCGCAACAUGCCAGAAUUCUUGGGAAAGCAGCAGAAGCUACUGUCUUUCUUUCAGAAGCUGUCACCAAGCAAAGUGGCUCUUGCUCGCAAGGUGGAGAUGCAGGAAUCCAGACCAAGAGAUGAUUCCAAACUCGGAUUAAAAAGAACUGGAAGUGACCCGGGUAGUCACAGGUCCCAGAAAAAAUUUAAAAUGGAUCCCAUCGAACCACGAAGGGGGAGUCUGAUGAACUUCUUUCCAAAAAAGAAAUCACAAGAAGCUGAUUCGGGGAACAAGAUGACAGAUGCAGAUGUUGUUACCAAGCCCGAACUUGUCAAAUCAACAUCAAUGCCUCCAGCAGACUUAAAUGCCAUGAUUGACAACAACACCAAUGGGGGAUCCCCAGAUACAUGUAUUUCAGAAACUUCCUUGAAUCUAAAAUCCAAAAGAUUUUCCCAGGACUCCCUGACAGAUGGAUCCAACCGGAGUAAGGCAAAUUCAGCCUCCGUCUGGAAACAGCUUCUCUCAGGUCCCCCACCAGCACCUGCAUGCAAAGGGCACAACGAACCCUGUCUCUUGAGAACAGUGAAGAAACCAGGACCUAACCUGGGUAAGAAAUUCUAUGUUUGUCCCAGACCCGAGGGGCAUAAGAACAACCCAGAGGCACGGUGCAAUACCUUUAUUUGGGUAACCAAAGCCAAGUAAAUAUCCCUACAGCUUUGGAAAUUAAUAGGCAUGGUUAUUCAGCACUGUGUUCAGGUCUAUUUACACUGGAGUGCAUAUUUUGCCAGAAGCUACCCGCAGCCAGUGGCCUGGUGCAUAAACAAAAAUUGUAAGCGUGCAAUUUGAAUUUGGUUGUACAGUAUGCUAUGCCUUUGUAAUGAUCCAGGGACACGACAGUGUACACGUGAAUCAUUUGUACAUGUAGGGUACAUCAGUUUCUGCUGCAAUAAUACAGUGGAUGUGUUAAUGGAAAGCUACAGGCUUACUGUACAAAAGUAAUCAUGAUGUGCCAUAGUUGUGAAGUAUGGGUCAAGAUUCUUGUAUGGGUUUUAAUGUUCAGCUUCACUGUACACAGUACCCUCAAAAGCAUACCCAUUGUUAUCCACUGGGUUGGUUUUGAAUGGAAGUCAUUGUAUGCAUUGCAUGAUAAAAAUCAGUCAUUCUGCUUACUGGUACUAACUUCCACAGCAACUUACACACUUGAGCUACUUUGCUCUGUAUACAUGUACAAGUAGAACCAGUCUAUUUUCAAAGUUGUUAGUUGUCUUUCUUUCUUUGCAAGGAAAAAAAAGGUCUUGAUAAAGGACAAUUCUUUUGAGAAGAUAGCUGUCGUUUUUCUAGGGUUUUAAGCAUUGUUCUUAGCAUGUUACAUACAUGUAGGUAAUUUCGGCAAAUAAGAAAUGGCAUCACAAAAAGACCAGUGCCUGUUACUCCAUACAAAUAAGGGGAGAUAGAUAUCAGACAUUUAAUGUCAAAGGGAAAUUUUCUGAAAAGGAUGUAGUGAGAUUGUACAGCCAAGAGCAUCUGCAUGCUGUCUGUGUAUGCAACAACAUGUACUCCUCUAUCAGUACAAAGGGAAAGACUGGGCCGAAACUGUUGGUGUCACCAAGGCCCGAACCAAGACCUAAUAGGUUUGCCCAUUUCACUUAAAGCCUGCCGCAGGGUACAUGUAGAACCAAGCCUUCUGUUACAUUGUGAGUUGUGUAAAUAACUUGCCUAAAUGCCCUUCAUGCUUUAAUCAGACCUUGUUACUUGGUAACGAGAUACCCUCUCUUGCCCAUGUACAUAUCUAAUAGCACAGCGUUGAAUAGUUAGAAAUACCUUAAUUUUGCCCAGUCGCAAGCUGCAUGAUACCUGAAUACAUGUAUUUUCUCACUUUUCACUAGCAGGACCGACCAGUCCUUAGCUUAGCAAGUAUUUAACCAACGAUGUGCCUUGUCUUCACAGCAAACAUGUACAUGAACUUAUUCUGUGAAAUUCCUGCAGUAUGUAAUCUGUACACAUAAUGCACCAUUGCUCACUUCAUCAUGUUUGAAUUAUGCUGUGUAAUAAAUCUUACAUGUACCCCCAUGGCCCCAGUGACCAAUAAACCAAUGAGUUACGUGCCAUUUGCAAGUAUGUGCAUUACAAGUCCGUCCGUGAAAGUUACAGCUGACUUGAAUGAAAAAAAGUGCAAGGGUACAGAUUGUAUACAGAUUAAACAUUUGAUUUGAUUUGAUUGAUUUAUUGCUCUUUAUAUACAUACAUAUACAAUAGAAAUUGCUUUGGCUCUCGUGCAUUAAAAUACAAUAAGCACUAAAGGUUAAGAAAUACAUAUUUAUAACAAUAAAAUAAUUAAGCAAUAAAAAUAAUUUCAAUAACACUCAAAACUAACAAGGUGACAAAUUACUUGGUUUCAUUCAGUCCCCUGACUGCAGUUGGGUAAAAGCUUCCUCUGAACCGUUCUGUAUUACACUUAAUUACUCUAACGUUUCCCUGAUCUUAACAACUCAAAUAACUCAUUAGCUGGGUGAAAUUCAUCAUUAAUAAUACCACUAGUCCUGUUCUCCACUCUAGAUCUGUGAAUUUCUAAAACUGGCGUGAGAUCUAUACAAUAAUACGUGCAGCUAACUUAACCACUCUCUCCAGUGCCUGCCUAUCAGCCAUGGUGGUACUUCCAUACCACACAGUGAUGGAUUGUGUUAACACACUUUCUACCACUGCUCGAUAGAACUUGACCAGCAGAUCACUGGAUAAGUGGAAACUCUUCAGGCAUCGGAGGUAGAAGAUCCGUUUCUGUGCUUUCUUGAUGCCAUGCAUGACAUUAGUAUUCCAACUCAGAACAUUUGUUAAAUAAAUACCCCAAAAUGUAAAACAAUCUACAAUUUCUACAUCAUUUCCAUUGAUAGCAAGGGGAGCAAUUGCAAUUGGAGUUGUACAUUACAUUCUCUUUAUUACAUUGAGGUUCAAAUUAUUGUCUGAGCAGCACUGGGUCAAAUGAUGAAUUUGAUUGCGAUAAUUAUACUCAUCAUUACCUAUAAUAAGUCCAACAACGGUUGGGUCGUCGGCAUAUUUGACAAUUUCACGGUCAUCAAAUGAAUAAACACAAUCAUAAGUGUACAAUGAACAUACCAAUGGUGAUAGCACACACCCUUGGGGAGUGCCGGUAUUUGUAACAGUUGAGUUUGAGAUUAAAGAAUUCACUCUAACAACUUGACUGCGAUCAGUAAGAAAAUCGUAAAUCCAGCUACAAAGUGAUGAGUUAAUACAGAGGUAAUUGAGCUUAUUUUAUAAUUUAGAUGGUGAUAUUGUAUUAAAUGCAGAACUGAAACCAAUAAACAAAAGUCAGGCAUGUGUUGAUGA